GGAGAAAGAUGGGUUUUCGUAAGAAAUCACUCACACCUACCGGCCAUUCAUGAAAAUGUCUGAUUACAAUUUCGACCACGUAGAUUUUACUCAAGAGCAUAUUCGGCAUCUCCAAGAAAAUCCCCUUGAAGCUUGUCAGCGCGAAAAUGAAUCUCUUCGUAUAAGACUGGAAACGCUCAAUCGUAUGCUUCUUGAAGCUAGAGAGGAGUCGCAAACGAGAUUAAAUCGUAUUAAACAGGUGAGAGACGAAAGGGAUGAGGCUUUUAAUGAAGGGGAAAAAUAUGCGACGAGAGAAAUUGGUGGACAGUUAGAGGUGUUGAAGAGGGAAAAGUUCGAGGCAGAAACGAAGAAUAAGGAAUUGGUAGAGGAUGUAGUGAAAGCACAGGAGAUGGCGAUCCAAAUGAAAACGAGAUGGGAAAAUUUGUGUAUUGAGAAGGAUGAAAAGGAGGGAAUGAAUGAUGUGUCCUUGGGUUUGCUUGAGCAGCAGAAGAAUAGGAUUUCAGAGGAGCUUCAGGAAGCAAAGGUGACCAUAAGGGGAAAAGAGCUUCAUAUACAGCAUUUAAAGGAAGAAGGCAGGAGUAGGUCAGCGAGAGUGUCAGAGACGCCACCAGUAGCGAGAGAACGAACAAUGGCUCUUAUAGAACAAAUUCAUGUGUUGAUGGUAGAAAGAGAUGAUAUGAGACAGCAAUUGGAGAUCUUGACGGAGAAUGUCAUAGGUACUCCGCCGAAGGAGUUUACACCAAGAGAAGACACAUCGCCGAGAGAAACACCAGAUCAAAACAAAGAGCGGGAAUCUAGUAUAUUGAACUAUACUACCGGCCUAGGUAGUUCCAAGUUCAAAGGCAGUAGACGAAUCUUGCAUGCCCCUUCUCCUUUGAGACAACAAUCUUCUACCGCCGAAUCGGUAGAAGAUGAAGAUUCGGAAAAUGAAGUAGAAGCAAAAGAAGGAUAUUCCAAGGAAGAAGAGGAAGAAGCAGACACAGAAAACGAUGAAAAAGUAAAAGAAAGUAUCGAAAAAGACGAAAUCGACACAUCGGUGGAAACAUAUCGAAAAGACACAGACAUUCACUACCAGCGACUUGUUAAUCGCAUCAAAGAACUUGAGGAAAGAAAUAUGCGUCUUGAGCGUUAUCACGACAUGUCCCACGCAACACGCGCAAUCCUCAGUCUGACACCUGUUCAUUUCGAAGCAUACCGUGAACGUAAAGAGGCUAAGAGGAAAGAGGGAAUGGUGUUACUUGAUGUUAUGGACAAGGAAUGUAAAAUUCUGCGAAAACAAAAUAGGAACCUCGAAAAGCAGUUCCAGGUAUUGGCAGAUUUGAGACUCAAGGAGAAAGAGGACACGGGGGAUGCGCAGGAUUUCAUAUUCACACAAGCCCAAUAUGAUGAAAAGAAAAACGCUGCGAAGGAUUACAAAAGAUUGUAUGAGGAGGCGGAAGGGGUAGUGAAGAAGAUGCUAGAGACCUGUUCGGAUGUCGAUGUCGAAGAAGUUUCGGAAUUGCGCAAGGAGCGGGAACUUCUUAAAAAGCGAAUAGAGGAACUGGAAGUGGAAAUCGAUGGUCCGUUAGGAUUGAGAGAACAAUUGGCAUCUCGUGUUGCUGAAGAUACAGACGAUUUUGAUGCGGAGAAGGAGUUAACAAGAGUCAAAACUGAGCUUGAAUGGUGCACAAAGGAAAGAGAUACAGCUAUGGAGGAAUCACACCUGGAGGAGAAUCUUAUGUCCAUCAAGGGACUGAUGGAUCAAUUAUCCCAGAAACUCGAUGUUGAUAUUUAUCCCAAAGAGGACAAAUACGAACAACCCAAGGAAAUGAACAACAAAUACCGAAAAUUCCAGCGUGAAUUGAGCGACGAGAAAGAAAGGACCAAGUCUCUCGAGAAGUUUCUGGAAGAGAAGUACAUGGAAUAUGACGAUCUUGCCAGCGAUGUGAACAAUGAUUCGAUGAGUGCAAGAUUGGCUAGAGCAUUAAUCGAACUGUACCAAACGAAGAGGAAGCUGAUGGAUAAAACGAUACAGAGGAAUAGUCUUACGAAGAGUGCUGUGGGAUGUUUAACGACCGCCUUCAGACACAAUGAAACACUGGAACAGAAAAUAUAUACACUGCAACAGCAUCCCGAUCGCAAUCCUCAGCUUCCUAUUACAGAUGUUGAUUUGGAGAACGAAGAAAAGAUUGCGAGACUUCAGCGGAAAAUUGACCUGUUGGAAAACCAGCUUCAGAAAGCUCAAUCCGAUAUCAAAUCUAUGGAGAAAAUGUCGAAAAGAUCGAAAGAGAAAUUGGAUGAAUAUAUUGGGUUAUCUUUUAAGAAGUCAAAUACGCACCCUAGAGUUGAAUCUUUGAGAUUAAAGAGACAGAGAUCCCCUCUAGCUCCGAAUGCUACUGAUCUCGAAGUUAUUGCGCAUUUGAGAGUUCAGCUUCAAGAUACGGAUGAGUUGGUUGAGUUUAUAUGUCAGAGAUAUGAUGCUGCGGAGGGUGAAGAGGAAGAUGAGAAGAAGGGAUUGAAGACAGAGAAAAUGAAAGCGACAGAGAGAGCGGAGAUAGCGGCGAGAAGAUUGGAGGGUUGUAUGGACUUGGUAGAUGGACCGUUGGCUCAAAAAGAAGCGUGGGAUAAUCUGAAAGGAUUAUUGAGAGAGGCAAGGGAGGACUUGAAAGCUAAAAUGAAUGAGUGGAAAGAAAAGGAUGGAGAACGCGAUUGGGCGGUUGAGAGUUUGGAGAAAAUGUUAAAGGAGAGUGAAGAAAGAGGGGUGGCGCUCGCUAAACUUUUGCACUCAACACAAGAGGACAUGAAGAGUGAAGGUACGAAAGAUGCAAAGGUUGCAGAAUUGGAAGAACAACUAAGUAGGAAUGAAGAAAGAAUACGAGACUUGUUGCGGGAGAAAGAUGAGCAUAAAGCCGAAGCUGAUGGGUUAGAAAGUUUUCUUCGAGCUAGCGAGACACAAACGACACAACUCGAUGAGCAACUCAGGAAGGCCGAAGAGAGAAUCCGAGAUCUGCAGCUGGAAAAAGAUACCCAGCAAUCCGAGGCUGAAAGGCUGGAAGAUCUUCUCAAAGCUCGCGAAACACAAACUGCUGAAUUUUUCAGGAAAUUAAGAAGUGAAGAAGAAGAACAAUACCAGGAAGAGAUCGAGAGACUUCACGAGCUACACAAAACUAGCGAAGACAAAGUUACCGAGCUUCUCGAUAUAUCAAUCACGACUUCGGCAGGAUUAUCUGAUCUCGAAGCCGAGAUUGCGAGAUGGAAAAUCGUUGCGGGAGAAAGCAUUGGGGAGAUUGAAAAUCUACAGCAACAAUUGGAAGAUGCCGAGGCCAAAGUUGAAUUUCACCGGAUCACGCGUAAUCAAAAUGCGGAAACGCAAACAGACACGCCCGCAUCCACAAAUAUGGAAACACAAACAGAUGAUAUCGAACUUCUGCAACCUGAAGUUCCGCCUUCUGCCGCUGAGCCUAAGCCAAAGAAAUUGAAAAAGAAACCCCCCAAAAAGAAACCUAUCACCAAGACCCCGCCAGACCCACCCUAUUAUUCUCACCACUCCGAUUCCGAGCCUUCGAAUGAAGACCUCGAGUCCCCGAAACCUCUCAAGCCACAGCCCAAACACAACAUUUCCCUUCGUCCAGAAAUGGAUUCAGGUCAUCCAGCUCCAUCACCCUCUCCAGCUCCCUCGACAACCAUCAGACUUACAUCCAAAGCGCACGCGAAGAAGAAGAAGAAGGUUCACGGAAAAGAAAGGGUCAAAUAUGAUCCAACGUAUAAAGUCGAGACAGCGGUCGAAAGCGAGGACGAAGAGAUACCAGAUGUGGAAAUAGCGCAGGAGAGUCCGAUUCAAGAAAUGCAGAGAGUAGGAGAAGUAGUGGUAUCAAGGGGAAGUAGGAAGACGAGAAAUCCAGAUCCGGUUUAUACUGGGCAGUUGCUAGUGCGGGGACUUGGGAAGGGAGAGAAGGAGAAGAUGGGUGGAAAUAAGGCUGCGAGGGGCCAAAAGAGGAAAGCGAGUGAGAGUGUGAAUGAAGCUGGGAGAGUAAAGAAGGGAAAAUUCUAGAAUGGAAAAGGUAUGAGAGAAGGUGGAUUGUUUAUUUUUGGGCGUCAAUGAGCGCUAGGUUGAAGUCUGGGUGUUAUAACUUCGGUUUCUACGGAUAACUAGUAAAGUAGAUAGGUCA